AACUCGUAUUUAUCAUGAAAAUAUGAUUUUUUUUUUUUUUAAAUUGACAGAUAAUUAAGAUCCAUAUUUUAAAUGAUUUAGGAGAAGACGGUUGGUGGAUAAGGGUUAUUUGGGCUAAAUUUCCGAACAAGAAAUGGUGGCUAGGGCUAAGCAGAGGCGAAACCCCCCCAAUAUCCCAGGGUGAGUAAGAAAAAUGAAUUCAGGAGAACAUGAAGUUGGCGAUGACUGGGGCGAUGACUUCUUGCAGCAACUCAUCCAAGUGGAACAACUCGCCCUGUCUUCUCAACAACAACAACAACAACAGCACCAGCAAGAACCUCCCACUUUCGUCAGUUACUCUCCUCCAAGAGAGCUCUCUCAGAGACCCGCAAUUCAUUCUUUCGAUCCCUCUCCUACUCGCGUUCUAUUUAAAUCUGCUCCUUCCCCUAAUGAUUCUUCCAAGGAUCUCGAAAUUCAGCGCUUGAAGAAGGAGCUCGGACGUGUCUCCAAGCAGUUGACACAAUUGGAGCAUAAAUGCUUCCAACUUAAGAAGGAAAGAAAUGAUAAAGAGGAUCUGAAUAAAUUGGGAUCUGCAAAGAAUGAGGAAGAAGUUGCGAACAUUCAAAAGGGGAAAGAUACAAACUCGAAAUUUGCAUUUUCUGGUAUGGGUCCUUUUGGGGCUUCUGAACAAGUCCAGAAUGCCAAGGCUGCAAAUGAUCAGGCUGGCCGUCAGAUUUGUAUAGCCAGCUCAAGCUUUAAGGCCAUAGGUGUUCAAGUGGAUCUGUAUACACAUCUUGACCUUUCUAAGAAGUUGCAGGCUAUCUGGAGCUCCCCAGGUGAUCAAAAGUCGGGGAAAAGUCUGAUUUCCAAGUUGUUUGCAGAUUGUUCAUCAGAGUUUUGUGACCUUUUUGGGUUGAUGAGCAUAAAUACAUCAACCAAACCAAUGGGCUCUCUGGCAGUUAAAGGUUCUAAUGUAGAAUUGCAGUACCAUAUGCACCCUUGUCCUAGUCCUGAAGCUGCAAAAGUAUCUCAUCUCUAUUCAGUGCUAACAAAGAUCACUAGUGGGAUGAUAAGUUUGGAGGCCUUGCUGGGACCUCUGCUUGAUCUCUGCAGUGUCCAAAAUGUUGUCAUUGUUAGUAGAUCACUGCAUAUUCUACAUGUGUUCUUAAAGCAACUUUUGAUUUUGGAAAGGAAAUCUGAAGAAAGGGACAAUGUCAUGGUCGAGGGAGUUCAUUCUGGGAGUAACAUAGGAGAUAUCCAUGGAUCCAGUAGUGCAAAAAAUAGACAGUUCUGUGUAAGUGAGGAUGGGGUAUCUUAUGGUGGUCAUAUGCCAUUUCAAACAAGACCACCAGACGCAGAAACUCUAUGCAAGAAGGUACGCAGGAGUCCUGGCAAGACAAUAUCGUCUUCUGGUAUAAAUUGGGUUUCCCUCUUUGAAUUGAUGCUCCAAAUUGUGAUGAAAAAUACUGAAGAAUAUGCAAGAUCAGAAGCAGUUUCUAUCAUGAAUCUGAUUGUAUUGAGCAAUCGAUCUUAUAUGGAAAGGGAAAGGUUUGGCCAGAAAUUCGUGCUUAAAAGCAUUGCAGAACUGCUAAAACAUGAAGCUGGCUUAUAUGUGAGAAAAGAAGCAUUGCGCCUUCUGUACCUGCUGCUUAAUUGUCCCAAACUAUUUAUUGCAUUCUGCUGUGGUUGUAAAGGAGUGGGGAAUGCUGGAGCCGCAGAUGUUAAUCAGGACAAUUCUUCAGCUGCCAAAGACUUCAGCAUGAUCCUUGAGGGCUUGGCUGACUGUAUAGCUUGCCGUGGCAAUGGGCUGCAGGAUUUGGAACUUCGGAGAAAUGCAAUCAUUGUAUUGGCUUUCUUAGCCUCAUCUGGAGUAUCAGGCUUUGAAAUUCUAGUGAACCAUAAGCUAGAUAGAGAGGCAAAUUUUCUGAUGCUCAUUUUGCAAGCAUUGGUGUCUGAGAUGGAUACUGAAGCAGCAAGUGAUGAUGUACCUGCAGAAAAUUUUAAAGCAAGGGCUCUGCUGAUGCGAGAAGCACUGAUCUUACUUAACAGACUUGUCUCCAACCCUGCAUACUCUGGUAUUGUCUUGCAAAUUUUGACAGGCAGCAGAGAUAUGGCCAGUCUGACCAUUGAUGUCGCCAACAGGAUGUCAAGAAAAGACCCAACACUUGGGGAAUCUAACCAUUCUAGCAGGCAAAUGAGGGAAUCUGAAGUUGUAGAUUUGGGUCGAGUAUUUAGAAGAAGAGUGUUUACCUUUUUAGGAGAAAACACAUCUUAAAGCUGUACGCAUAUAACAAUUUGUAAAUUUUGUGAAAUUGCAAUCUAACUUUUAUGGUAACAACUACUGCCAA